UCUUAUUGAGACUGAUUUCCGUAUUCAUUUAAAUAUAGUGUGUAGGAAGAGUAUGUGAUGUGCAGGUGACAGCUAACACGGAUCCAAAUACAUCAACAAAUAACCUGUCCUUCACUCAGAUCCAUAAACUAAAGUGCAGAUUGCUAUAUGAUCAAUACAUAUAUAAUAUAUAAAUAUAUAAAAUACAUGGGCAGUACACAAAAGAGAGACGCAUGCAAAUGUGUCCCAUCUGAUGAAAUGCAACAAUAUCAAUGAAGGCACAUAAACAGUUUCUAUGUGUACUUUGUCUUAAUGGUGUCAAUCAUUAUUGUAUGUAUGUUUUUGAAAAUGCUGUGCACAUUUCUAAAUGCAGUCCCAGCAUGUGUUCUUGUGAUCUUCAUCAGAUCUUCUCACACAUGUAUUUCCUGCCCUGGUGCUCGAUGUUGUCCUGUGAUGGUUUGUGCUUUUCUUUCAGCACGAGUCGCUUUCUGAUGCCCAUUCUGACAGAGAACUUCCCCUUUGUACAGAAAUCCUCCACGACACUGGAGUGUUACGUCCACAACCUCCUGAGGGUGACCAUGUACAUACCAUCAAUUCGGCGAGACGUGCUGGAGGUGAUCGUCGGAAAGAUGCUCAAACUGGAUGUGAGUGCAGCCCGGUCCGACAUUGAGGAAGCAGAGGAGAAUGCAGUGCUGAACCAGCGGACUGAGGAAGGGCUCUUUGACAUGGAUGAGGACAUGUCAGCAGAUCACCCCUCCAGGGCGGCUGUGAUGGCCCACCCGGUGGCUGAUAGGCUGGACACUCUCAUGGCUGUUCUGAUGGCCUACAUCAAGGACGUCUGCCAUGUCGAUGGCUCUCUUCAUGUGGAAAGGACUAAGGAUCUGUACAGAGAUUUGUUGAGUGUGUUUGACAAGCUCAUUCUGCCAACACAUGCUUCCUGUCAUGUCCAGUACACACUGUUCUACCUGUGCAGCUUCAGAGUGGCUUUGGCCGAGGCCUUCUUGGAUCACCUGUGGAAGAUCCUGCAGAGUCCGUCUCAGCCCGCUGUCCUCCGCCAGGCUGCUGCCGGAUACCUGGGGAGCUUCCUGGCCCGAGCCAAGUUCAUCCCUGUGCUCACUGUACGGGCCUGUCUGGACCUGCUUCUCUCCUGGAUCCAUCGCUAUAUCGACAGCCAGGACAGCGGCGACAGACAGGCCUGCUGUGACAUCAGCCUGCACGGACCCUUCUACACUGCCUGCCAGGCCGCCUUCUACACACUCAUCUUCAGACACAGAGCCAUGCUGGAGGGCAACAUGAAGAAAGGUCUGGAGUACCUGCAGAGUCUGAACCUGGAGCGGGUGGUGAUGUGUCAGCUGAACCCUCUCAAAGUCUGCCUGCCUUCAGUCACCAACAUGUUCGCUGCCAUCACCAGGACGUAUCAGGUGGUGUUCUGCUACACCAUCAUAGAGAGGAACAACCGCCACGUGCUGCCGGUGGUCCGCCGCUCUGCAGGAGGAGACAGUGUGACCACCAACACCAACCCUCUGGACAGCUUCUUCCCCUUCGACCCCUACCUGCUCAAGAGGUCUGUUCAGCUGAUUGAGCCACUGUACCAGGUGUGGGAGGAGCUAGCAGACACAGAGCUGCUUCCCUCCAAAACAGGACAACAGGUGAGAGGACAGAAGGGGCUCGAGGGAGGACGAGGACGACUUCCUGUGUGGGGAGACGCCCCAGACCGAGGGCAUUGUGGGGAUGACACCGAGCUCCUACGACUCGAGCCUCCACAGCCCCAGCUGUGUGGGGUCACCCCCCCUCACCUUCCAGAGACCCUUAUAAUGCACAUGACAUUUCAUUUAUUAAGACUGAAACACAAACUGAACACAUGAGCCGGUCACACUUGGAGAGACGUGACAAGAACACUCCUCUGUGGUAAUGAAAACACAAGUUCAGAGUUAGAUUUUCCGGGGAGCUGUGGGUCUACACAGUUCACAAAGAGCUGCUGUGGCAGCCUGUCGUCCCUUUACAGCCUCUAACAACACAAAGCACAAGCUGUGGCAGCUUGUCGUUGGAUGGAUUUAAAGGGUCUCCAGUCUGUCUUAAAGGGCCAGUGUGUAGCAGAGGGGAUCGAUUGGCAGAAAUGGAAUAUAAUUGUACGUUCGUGGACAACCUGGAACAGUCAUGGAAUUUGAAAAUAUCAAAAUGCAGACUUACACAAGUUUUGGAAAAAAAUAAAGGUUUUUUAUUUAUUGGU